AUGGCUGCCAGUUUCCUGCAGUUCUGCGCCACAUGCGAAAAGCAAAUCUUUACUCCUAGUAAUUCCAUCCUCUACUGCAGUGAAGCUUGCCGUCGCAAAGACUCCUGCAAACCACUCUCUCUCUGCGCCGGUGCAAUGACUCCUUCAACCACCCCACCCACAUCGACUCCUUCGUCCUCUCCUCGGCCUAUCCUUCCAGCUCGUAUCCCCACUGGAUCCUCCUACACAUCGGCCUCCUUCCAGUCCAGAUUACCUACAGACCACCACAACGCCAAAUCAGAUCUCGACCCGACCGAAUGGAAGCCCAAAAUACCCCGUCGCGGCGUCUCCUCCACCACCACCACCACCACCACCACCACCUCCUCCUCCUCCAAUAAUUCGGAAGCAUUCCGCUACCUCAGCCGCUUCAACCAGUCAACCACAACACCUAAUGGAGAAGACAUGACUACCGAGCGCAUCCAGCGUCCAUCGCUGCCCAAGGCCAAUAACAAUCAUCAUCACCACAGCACAACCAGCAUCACCAGCCUCCUUAAUAACAAUACCAUAACCACCAACGGCAGCACCCCGAGUCUCUCCCAAACCCCCACCACAACCCCAUCCAGCCUCAGCACCAGCAUCGACUACACAACCACCACUCCGAACUACGACUUCAACACCCGUCCCCUCCCACCGCGUCACGACCCCUCCUACUCGAGCAGCGCCGGUGCGAUCAAGGGCGGCUACGACCUCGUCAUGCCGUAUGUCGCUCCGCCCGCUCCGCCGGUCGUGGCGGGAUCGGCGCCCGAUCAUGUGCAUCUGGACGGUGAAGCGUGGGAGAAGCAGACGGUGAGGAAGUUGGCGCCGGCGGCGGGUUCGGAGGGUGAGGUCAGGGAGGGGCUGGGGAAGCUGUUUGGUGGUAGUGGUGGUGCUGGUGCUGGGGAUGGAAUGGAGAAGAUGAACAAGAAGAAGAUGGGGGAGAUGUGA